ACGGCCUCCCGCGGGGCGGUGAGCCCCCAGCGCAGAGCGGCGGCGGCGGGGCGCUCUCGGAGCCCGCUCCGCCGGGCCAUGGCGAGCACCGGCGGUGGCGGCGCCGCCCCCGGGGGCUCGGGCUCAGGCUCGGGUUCGGGCACGGCGCUGCCCACCCGCUUCCAGGAGACCGAGAAGCUGCUGGCGCCGACCGAAGGCCGGGAGGAAAAGGGCCUCCGCGGCUCCAAAUCCUUCACGGCCGCGCUGCCCGGCGAGACGGAGCGCAACGGGCACGGGCUCGCCUACAAGUCGGUAUCGGUCGGGCACCUGGAGGCGGCCCCGCUCUCGCCGUCGCGGCUCAGCCUGGGCAGAGCCUCCUCCACCGCCACCAGCACGGCGGCACCGGAGCAGGGCCGCCCGCGGGACUACCUGGUGCUCGCCAUCUUCUCCUGCUUCUGCCCCGUCUGGCCCAUCAACGUCGUGGCCCUCGUCUUCUCCAUCAUGUCGAGGAACAGCGGGCAGCAAGGGGACACGGACGGAGCCCGGAGACUCGGCCGCAUGGCCAGGCUGCUCAGCAUCGUCUCCAUCGUCCUGGGGACCAUCAUCAUCGUGCUCUACAUUUCACUCAGCUUCAGAGUUUCCUAGAAGACAUUUCAGCAUGCAAAUACCUCGAAGAGGAGGAAGACAACUUUCCUUUUGGGGUUUUUACUUUCAGCCUUGCAACAAAAAAUUGUCACAGUGUAGGUGGGCAGCCCUAGACAGCCUGCUCUGGAGCGCCGUCUGAAGGAACGCAUGCUUCUACUUCACCGCCUCUUGGAAAUGAUUUUGUACAAGUGAUGGGAUAAAAAAGAUCGCAAGAAGGAAUGGGAAUGAACAUCGGACGCCAAGUGGAGAGGAGAAGGGGGAAAUCCACUACCUCAUUCCCCUCCAGCAAAACUCACGGAGCGGGGAGACGACUAAAGUACAAGAGGAGGAGAGAGUUUCAAGAACGAAGCUUAUUUUAAAAAGAAAAAUUUUAAGGCGAGAACAGGACAUUUUGAAGAAUCCUCCUAAGAAUUUUGGCACAAGUCACUGAAUUUUUGGGGGGUUGUUGGUUUUUAAAUCGUCGAAUUCUCUGUCUCUACAAAAAAAUAUAUUAAAAAAAAAAAAACCAAACAAAGCUCAAACUGCCAUCAGGAGCUGAGAGCUGUUUCCACGGAGGAGGAGGGAGAGCAGAGCUGCAGCGGGACCACGGCUCUGCCCCGAACAAAACGCAGCCGCAAAAGCUGGAGGAUGUGGUGGGUGCUUUUGUAUUUUUGAUGAAAAAAAAAAAAAAAAUAGAGACAAUGACCAUUUGCAUGCUUUUGGGAAUGUUCUCCAUGUCUGUUCCUAUGAGCUCUUUUAUCACUUGGGGCAGAUCUCAGAGCUGGCAGAGCAGGAUGUUGCUGCAUGAGAACGCCAGGCUCCUCCUCACCUGCAUCCCACGGUGGGGUUUUUAAUGGAAGGAAAAAAUAAUGCUUUCUCUGUGAAACCACACAUUUCUCUCUCUGUGUACCCAAAGUGAGGUUAAUACUCGUGGCGCUGAGAAAAGAGCCUGGUUAAUCUGUAGCAGCAGUACCAAGGCACGGAGAGACCCUUCUACCCACUUACACAUUUAUGUCGUGUCAUGUCCAUCACACAAAAAGCUUCAGCAUGAUCCAGCCCCCACCGCUGUCAGAGCUCGUCUCCCCGACCCUUUUGGGCUUCAGCUUAGGGUUUUUCAGGAGAUUUUCAGAGACACGGAGGAGUUUAAGCUCCCUGCUCCUCUCCCCGCUACCCCUCGUGCUCUUCUGCAUCUCUGAAAACCUCCCGCAUCCCCAGAGCUGGCUGGGGUCAGUUCCACAAGUAGUGUUAUUUUUUAAUGUUUUAUAUUUAACGUAACAAGAAAAUAGACUUUGCUCCUCCUGAUCUGCCUACACGUACCCCGCGUCUCGCCACGUCUUCCACGACACGCGGCUCCACGGCCGUUUCCCCGCAGGAUCCGACCCCUCCAGCCCCAUCACUUCUUCUCCCCCCUCACCCUGUCCUUGCCGCAGGUUGUUACUGGGGUUGGCCCUCUCUCUGGCCAACCAGACUAUGCAAAGUUUCGUCGCCUGUUAUUUUAUUCAGGCUUUGUAGAUGGCUUCUGGCCAUAUCCAUUGGCUCCGUAUUAGCUGAGCCUCUCUUCUUUUAUCAAAACUUUGCGGGCCAAGAGCUGCAUCCCCCGACCUUUCUGUUGCCUCCAGCUGACAGCCUGGCACCUAUGAACAUGGACUGCACUGAGAAACAGGGUGUUUCAGGGCACUUCUGCUCCCCACCAUCAAUCUCCUGGGAAAAAAAAAAAGCAACCCAAAUCUUAGACCAAAUCUAAUUCUUCCAAGGGCUUGUCUACAUGGAGAAUCUGUUUGACACCAUAAAAAACUUCUCAAGAAGGUCCCUGCUUGGCACUAACUUGUUCUUUGGGGCAUGUGAGUGGGCACGUGGGGUUAGCACAGGGUAGGGGUCCACUGUAAAUCCACCCUGUAGUUACUCUGUAGUAAACUAACAGGCAAAGCUGUGGGUAUUGCUGUGAAAAUUCUCUUGUCACCUGGUUAAUUGCUCCUCUUUAAAGUGUUUUCUUUUGCUAGGUGUUAUUUGAGUCCAGGAGGGAAGAAAGCCAAAUCACCUAGACAUGCUGUUAACAUUUUUCUCUACAUUAAAAGGGAUUCCAGGGUCUCAGAGCAAAAGCACAUCACUACAGCACUUUCUCGGGCUCCAUUCCCAUCCAUCACCCCUUUGCCAGCUCUUUAUUACAAAUUACUGGCUUCUGAAACGGACCAAAUUUGCAACCUUUCUUUUGCAAUUCAUUUUUUGUGAGCUUCAGCAAACUGGGGCCACUGAGAACUGCUGGGUUUGAGCUCCCACCCGCAGCCGCUGCCAAGGUGCCCCUUGGCACUGGACCUCUUCUUCCUGAGCUCAUCAGAAACCAUCCCCUGGAGAUUCAAAACCUGAGCUUCUGGUUGAUCAAAAUCCCAUCAAAUCUCCCAAAAGGUUCCUGUCUUUAACGCUUGAACCUGAAAGCUGCUUGCUGGGAAACACACAUUGGUGUUUUUUUCUGAGAUACGUAAGGGCAGUGCUGCCUGUCCGUGCAUCUUCUGUCCUUUGGUCUCUUGAGCAGCUGAAGUUCAGCUGAUGGUAAGAGCCCAGCAAGCUCCUCCUUGGGCAGGAAGAGCCCACAUUCAGGGAAAACUGCCGCAAUGAGUUAUAGUACUUGAAAGCGCCAAGUAUUUAUUAAGUAGAGAAUUUAAAUGCUCUUUUAUCAUUAUAUAAAGCCUUUCAUCUAAAGUGCUUUACCACAUUUAAAGGAUUAAGCCCUGCCACCCCCCCACAAGGUGAGUUAGCAUUACGCUGCUCUAAUUGCACGGGUGGCAAAGUUGCUCAGAGUCACGUGCCCUGCACAGCUCCAAAAAGAAACCCAUUUUUCUUUCUCCUCCUCAAUAGAACCCUGUAUGAAUACAGAUUUCCUUUGAGUCGGAUUUCUCCCAAGGCAAACACACGCUGCACUGCAAAACAGAGUGGGAUAUCUACAGUCGUAGGAACGAGGGGGCUUUAUGAGGCAGCUGCAACAGUCCUCGCCAGGAGAAGCCCCAGGUAGAGGCACCCGAGGCAAAAUGCAGAAGGGAGAUGAUUUCCCCCCAAAAACCCAUGGGUUCAUGCACCCAAAUGGGGUUUGUGCCUCCUGUCUUAGCCCCUAUCAUCAGGCUACUGAGGGAACCUCUUCUCAGCUCACUAUUAACUAUAAUUAAAAAACCCCAACAAAUAAGGCACUUAAAUUCCUUUAAUUUUUAAUCCGCUUCCUGAUUAGAUACAAUAGCACUGCUCUGCACUCUUGAAUACAGCUUUUUGCUUCUUAUCCUGCACUUAAAUCCAGGGCAAAGCCUCUACAGCUGCUCCUGACAAAAUAUUUUCUCUCCUGGUGACCUGGCUCUCUGGUGCUGGGGAAAUAAACUCCCCAGGGCUAUCUGGAAGUUCUCUUCUCCCCGCUCUCCUCCAGCUUCUCCCUUUGCAAGCCUGAUGUUUUGCAAAGGUUUUUGCCACUAGAUCCUUGCUCUCCACAUCACACACCUUUUUACCCCAGCUCGGCUGCCUGUUUGGCUCUCUCAGGUGCAUUAGCUGUAUUUGAGAAGGAAGAAGUUGCUGAACCCCCAAACCCUUGACACACACCUCACCUGCAACUGCGUUACAAGGAGCUAAAUCAUGGUAGAACUUCAUCCCAAGGCCACCAGCAGGCAGGACUCCUCCUUCGGUCUGUAUCUGGGGGAACAGCAGCUUCCCUUAUGAUUAGUUGCUGAUUUCACCUAAGCACAAGCACCUUGCUUUCCAAAACCAGUCACAGCUGUUCUUCCCUUAACUUUUGGUUUUAGCACACAGGAAGGCAAUCAAGAAACCAUGUCACAAAAAAACUUCCCCUUCUCCAUCUCCACAAACAAGCCCUGUUACAUCACAGCUCUUUGCCACCUGCUGCAGCCUCCCCUAAGCACAUCAGAAUCAAAUUUUCUGUGUUUGCAACUAAAAAAGUCAUGAAGUCCUCAGGAUUUGGCCAACUUUUGCCCCCUAGCGAGGCAGGCAAUAGGGGAGAGGCGAGAGAUCCAGGCGAUGCGGUGGCAACCCAGCCUUACCUGACAGCGGAGCUGAGCUGGUAGGAGGAUGGCUUGCUGAGGAGAUGGAGAAGGUGGGAAACAUCUCUAAAUGUAAGUUGAAGUAGGAGUUAACGAUCGACAAGUGUGAGGUCCUGGUGGGAUAUAAAUACAUGGUUUGCACUGCUCAGGAAGAGUCUCUGAGCAGAGCAUGUGGCUGAUGGCAUCUCUCUAGCAUUGGUGUCCCUGGGCUCUUCUCCUCAGGGCUUGGAGAAACAGUCAGACUCUGUGGGGUAGCACAGAAGAGCCCUUGCUGGGAACAGAAAUGCUGGAUCAAAGGUUUAAGCUGAGGGAUUGGUUUGCUGCUGCCGAGCAGAGCGAGCUUGGUUUCAUACCAGCUUCUCGUAGGAUGCGAUGACUGAUGGUCAGAAAAGGUCUGGCUCGGGUCAGCUGGUCACAGCAACACGCUGGCUGGUACCUGCAGAGGAGAUCAAAGGGAUUUGAGCACAAAAGGGAGUAAAGAAAGCAACAAAAGGUUUGAUUUCAAGGUUUGCUGUAAUAAUGAUGAGCUUUCCUUUGCUGCUCUGUAUUCCACUCUGUUCCAGCUCACCCCUAUCUCCCCAUCUUUGCAAGUUUGAUGUGCUUUCCCCUCAGCAAUUCUACCCCUAGAGCAAUGCACGGGUCUCACAGGCUUUCCCCUCCCACCCUCUGCCUUUGCUUUAACCCAGUACAGGUCUGGUUGGCAAGGAGAUGCCAUGGCUGGGCUUCUCUGAAAGGGGAUAUUGAAGGGUAGAGAACCUACUCCUCUCGGCCUGUGGACUCCAGCAGGUACCACCGCAGUAUUUGACCUUCCAAACACAGACUUCUCCACGUAGACAAGAGGAGCAGAUCCCACCUUUUAGAUAAAAUUAAAAUUCCCUUCCCAUUCUGUUUGAAUCCAGGGAGAGGCUGCAGAAAUGCACCCACCGGGCUGGUCCCAUGACUGACUUUAUUUCUUUUUUCCCUGAUCCCCCCCCCAACCUUGCCCUAUCACUUGGUUACUUACCGCAGAACCACAGCCAGGGCUGCGCAGUCAAACUGAAAUAAUUUCAGAGUUAAGGUCGAUUUUUCUUUCAGCCUGCAUCCUUUAAUUUUGGCAAAGACGGUUAGGUUUGGACUGAAGACGCCCAUGCUUGGGCACAAGCCAAGGGGGUGGUGGUGGUGAUGGGGGAAAGCAGCCUUUUCAAAAUGGGACUAUUUGUAAAGCAUUUGCUGACACCAGUAGGUAGCGGAAUUCAAACCUAAAAAUACCCACCCAAGACAAGAAACAUCAGAAAGGGACCAUGUGCAGGAUUCACCAAGGCAACCCUGACACCACUUGGGAGCAGGUGACCCUGGUAGAUGGUGCCCAGGAGCCCAUCCUUUGCGUGGAAGGGCAGGGUCUAUCCCCUCCCCACAACUGCCGUCACCACUGUCCAUGGACCGGCUCCUCCCGUUUCAAAGUUGAACUGGAAGAGCCGUGUUUCACACACAGCAUGACCACAUCAGGAACUGCAGCUGGGCGCUUCUCUUUGCUGAUAGAUGUUUCUUUUUUCUGCAGGAUGAUAUGGUAUAUCUUAUAUACUUUCUUUGUAUUUCUUGGCAUGAGAAAAAAAAAAAAUUAAAAUGUAACAUGCAUGGUCAAAGCUGAA